GAGUAAGUUAUUAGCUGGGCUUUAUAGUCUUGGUUGGGCUCCCAAAUAUCCUUUUCGCCGGAAAACCUAGCUGGAAAGCUCCCGGACAAAUUUCGCAUCAACCAAGAAUCAAAAACCUUGAAAUCCAAUCAAUCCAAUCAAAUCUGAUUCGAUUCAUAAUAAUGCUGGAGAAAUCCAACUCGUCCAGCAAUUCCACCAUUUCUUCUUCGAAGCUUACAACCCAACCGAAUCUUUCCAAAUGCACUGCGAAUAAUUCGAAUUCAAUUGAAGUCGCCGGUAACUUGGCGGUAGAUGGGCAAUUAGAAAUUUGGCCACCGUCUCAGGCGGUGGUUGAUGCGUUGGUACUUAAAUUAAAAGCUAAAGAUGGAGACAUGGAAGCGAAUUGGGAGAAGAUAAUACUCAAUUUUAAGAAAGAGCUUGAUGAGGAGGAACAAUUCAAACGACCUUCGUCUUCGGGUGUAGAUAAUAGCGGCGGAUGCGGUGGCGCUGAGGGAAUUGAGAGGAGAGAAAAGGCUAGGCCAAAGUUUUCUGUUCCGCUUUCACGUCGGGAGAUGGAGAAGGACUUCGAGGACAUGGGGGAACGGCGACUGCCACGGAAGCCUAAGAAGCGACCUAAGAUCGUACAAAAUCAACUGGAUACACUGUUUCCUGGUUUGUGGUUGACUGAGAUACAUGCUGAUCUAUAUAGAGUUUCUGAGACCAAGAAGAGGUAGCAAGGGACAAUUGUUCUCCUAACUUUGAAAGAUUUGUCUAUUGUUGACAUUUGCUGAAAUAAAGUUUUGUUCUUCAUUAUGAUUGGAAAUAUCAAAUAGUCCUUUUUGCAGUUUAUAGGAGCAAAAUAUUGCAGACUGAGGAAACCAGAAUCGGAAAUCCCUCCAGCAAAAUUCACAACUUUGAUAGCUUCACAAUGGGCAUUUUGGUCAAUUUUGCUGAUAAAAAAGGGACAAAAUGGUCAAACAUAAGUCAGGUUACUCAUCUUCUAUGCAACAAUAGUCUUAGUAGUUAUGGUCAAUUUUGUCUCAUUUUUUCUUUUUGUGGUAAAUCUCUCAUAAUUGUUGGUAGCUGAAAUCUUGUUGAUAUUGUAAGUAGAAAUAUAUGUUAUAUGACUUAAAGAAAUCCAGAUCUUAUAAAAUAAUUUUUUUUUUCUGAAAUA